AUGGAGUUGAGGGUGGGGAACAAGUACCGCCUUGGGAGGAAGAUAGGGAGCGGAUCCUUUGGAGAUAUUUAUCUCGGUUCAAACAUUGCUACAGGAGAGGAAGUAGCCAUCAAGCUGGAAUGUGUGAAGACCAAACAUCCACAGCUCCACAUCGAGAGCAAAUUCUACAAAAUGAUGCAGGGUGGAGUGGGAAUCCCAUCCAUCAAGUGGUGUGGAGCGGAAGGCGACUACAACGUUAUGGUAAUGGAGCUGCUGGGUCCCAGUCUGGAGGACCUGUUCAACUUCUGCUCCCGCAAGUUCAGUCUGAAGACAGUCCUGCUGCUAGCAGACCAGAUGAUCAGCAGGAUUGAGUACAUCCACUCCAAGAACUUCAUCCACAGAGACGUGAAGCCUGAUAACUUCCUCAUGGGGCUCGGGAAGAAGGGCAACCUGGUCUACAUCAUUGACUUUGGCCUGGCCAAGAAGUACCGUGACGCCCGAACACACCAGCACAUCCCUUACCGUGAGAAUAAAAAUCUAACCGGCACCGCCCGCUACGCCUCCAUCAACACUCAUCUGGGCAUUGAGCAGUCGAGACGUGAUGACCUGGAGUCUCUGGGCUACGUUCUCAUGUACUUCAACCUGGGCUCUCUGCCAUGGCAGGGACUCAAGGCUGCCACCAAGCGGCAGAAAUAUGAACGCAUCAGUGAGAAGAAAAUGUCCACCCCUAUUGAGGUGCUGUGCAAAGGUUACCCAUCUGAGUUCUCUACUUACCUGAACCUGUGUCGCUCCCUACGGUUCGAUGACAAGCCAGACUACUCUUAUCUAAGGCAGCUCUUCAGGAACCUUUUCCACAGACAAGGCUUCUCCUACGACUAUGUCUUUGACUGGAACAUGCUAAAGUUUGGGGCCAGCAGGACAACAGAAGAUGGAGAGAGGGAGAGGAGGGAGGGAAAAGAUGGAGAGGAAAGAGCAGGAGGAGGCCAAAGAGGAGCGGGAGGUCGAGCUUUGCCGCCGGGUCCAAACCCUUCUGCAGCCAACAGAGUGAGGAACGAGGCAGAUGCGGCUCCUUCUAACCCAGCGACACGUGGGGUCCAGCAGUCAGGUAAUCGCUCUCCUCAGGCUGGGAGAGCAGAGCGCGCCGAGCGAGAGAGGAAGGUGGCCAUGAGGCUUCAUCGCGGGGCCCCGGCGAACGUCUCCUCCUCCGAUCUCACUGCACGCCUCGACCAAUCACGCAUCACUGCAUCACAGGUCAGUGUGCCAUUUGAACAUCUGGCAAAGUGAUUAUCUUCUCCUUGGCCUGCAGGUCAGUGACAGCAGCUGCAGGGUAUCAAAUACCCCUUACUUUUCAAAUGGAUGAAUGAAAACAUGAGUGAGUGCAGGAGGAGAAGAGGAGGAGGCGGCAUUGCAAGCCCUUAAAGGGGGAUCGAGGGUGUCCGUGUGUCUGUCAGUAUGCGGUGUGAGCAUGCCCAGUGUUAAAGCUUGCUGAGAUGUUGGAAAACCAGUGAGACAAACAAAACUCUAGGCUGGAACUGUUUGAUACUGCUUUUCAGAAUGGAGCCGGACGGGGACGACUCAGUCAAUUCAGAGGCUCAACUCACAUAAAAUAAAACAUCAAAGUGCACAAAAUGGACUAAGCCAAUUAUUUUGUGGAUUACACCUGUGAUCACAUAAACAACUAUCAAUCUGCUAAUGUUUGAGAGCUACAUCUGCUGCUUGUGGUAUUCUUUAUUAUAAAUAAAUAUCUAAAAAA